UUUUGCUGCAGUACUGUUGCAGAGCUUCCAGUUUUGCAAAUCUCCCUCAAAGUCAGGGGCGGCUUGGCUUUUACCCAGCAGUACGGGAGACCUGCCUGCAACAUCCUCAAAUAGAUUUGAAGUUCACAGUGAUCGCCAGUCCUUUGGUGUUCAUGUUUUCUCUACGAAGUGCACUGGGCAUCAUUAUACGCAUUCCGAACUACUGUUGGCAAAGGAAGGGAAAAUGAACGCUGUGUUUGUGUACGGCACUCUCAAGAAAGGUCAACCUAACUAUUGCCACAUGAUCGAUAGCUCAAAGGGGACUGGAUUGUUCUAUGGCAAGGGACGUACUCAGCAGAAAUAUCCACUGGUGAUUGCGGGGAAGUAUAAUAUUCCAUUUUUGCUCAAUGUGCCAACAAAAGGACAUCAAGUAUUUGGAGAGAUUUACUUAGUCGAUGACCAACUGUUACAGUUCCUCGAUGAAUUUGAAAGUUGCCCAGAUCUUUACCAGCGCAACUCUGUCAAAAUUCAUGUACUAGAGUGGGACAAUAAAGAUGGCAAAAUGGAUGUGAAGCCGGAUGAAGAUGGAACACUAAUGUGUUUUCUGUACACCACCACAAACUUUGAAGAUGAUUGGUUAAAUCUUCCUUACUAUGAAAACUAUGACCCCUUUGACAACUAUGAACAACCAAAGUAUAUCGUACGUGAGGUUAGAUAACUAUAAAUGUUCAUAUCUGAACAGCCAGAAAUUCCAUGCAUUAAAUUUAUGUCCUCUUUUGAGACUUGAAUUUAAAUCAUUCAUCCUGAAUUGAUACUCUAAAGCCAUUUAUGUAAAGAAUUCAAGUUCUGAAUUAUGAUCUUUUGUUUCAAGAAUUUCUGUAGUUCAUUAAAUUCUAUUCUAGUGCA